CCUUCCCUCCUUCUUUUUCCACGGCUGCACUUCUUGGAAGUGGGGCCGGUUUGGGUUUUGUUUCCCUUCCCCCUCCUCUCUCCGCUUCCUCCACCCCUUUCCCCUCCCCCUCCCCCCCAGCUGUCUUUCUAGCAUGAUGCCCUUUUUCAUCCACAUUUGUGUUUCAGGUGUAGAGAGGAGAGAGUGAACAGGGAGCGGGGCUUUUGUCUGUCGGUCUCCCUGGACUGAAGAGAGGGAGGGUGCAAGGCCAAGACUGUUAACGAUUCUCAAAAUGUUAAAGGGAACGUCAGGGGUGACUUGUUUGUCCCAAACAAGGCAGAUGGUGGAAUUCUCCCAGAAGGAUCUGGGCAGAGGAGGGGAGAGCUGAAGGAGGUUCAGGUUGGGGGAACCACGAGGCCCAGAAGGCAGACCCAGUCUGAAGUCAGACUUCCGUUCUUGCCGGAUGAGCUCUCUCAAAUAUGUUUAUUACCCGGAGCUCUCUGUCUGGGUCAGUCAAGAACCAUUUCCAAAUAAGGAAAUGGAGGGGAGGCUUCCUAAGGGAAGACUUCCUGUCCCAAAGGAAGUGAACCGCAAGAAGGAUGAGCAGAUUGAGGCCGCCUCCCUGACUCCACCUGGCAGCAGUGAACUCCACUCCCCAGGCAUCGGUUACCUCCACUCUUUUUAAUCGUCACACCUCCAUUUGUAUUACAUAUGGUGUAUGGGUAUUGAUGAGGUCAUGGUAUCAUAUAUGGGAUUUUUUUCUGUGUAAAUCAUCCAGUAUAAGAAGAAACUAUGGGACUCUGAGCCUUGCUUUCGAGAAUUUACAGUGGACAAACAGGUAUCAUCAAACCAGUUUUUAAUCAUUCUGACUCAAGUGAAACCGCUCAGAAUUUCACACUGUGAAUCCACGUUUACAACCCUUACAGGUGGGCCUUCAGGCCUGGUUCUCGACAACGAUGUCUUCCACAACUCAAACUCCCUCUGCUCUCACACAACCGGUCCACUCCCGUCUUUUCACUCACACAGCUCCCGACUGCUUCUCGCAGAGGCUGAGAGUCCCCCCUUUUUUUUUCAUUUAGAUGUAACAAGCCUAGUAGUUUAUGUUCAUCAAUUGUCUGUAUAUCUAUAUUUUAUCCAUGUACUCUUUUGAUGUAUAGAAGUAGUUUGAAACUCAUUGUUUCCUUGUGGUAAGUGACCGAGAUGCUGCCACAGGACCUGAGACACUGAUGAAUGGUGCUAUUUUGGACUUUCAACAUGCUCCUUGGCGAGGUAGCUCUGAUGGAGUUAUAUUUUAUUUCCAUGUUCUAAGAAGGUGUUGGUACUCUGUUUCCCUGAAUGUUGUUCUCUAGACUGGAUUGACUUGUUUUCCUCGUGUCUUCAGUGUGGCUUUCUUCUUCAGCGUUGUAGGUUGAGUGAAUGCUACCAGAGAGAGUAAGAGACUCACGUCUCGCCGGCUGGCACUCACGGCCAUGCAGUCCCUGUAACGGGAGCAAUCACAAAACUGUAAUUUACUUACCAAAUCUCUUCUUUCCGGUAGCCUCGCCUGCCUAGCUUAGAGAAAGAAAAGCAAUAAUUUGACAGGCGUUUUUAGGUGUCUUUUUUGGUUCUUUUUGUUUGAAAGGAUAUUUGGGGAAAAAAAGGGCAAACGUUUCAAAUAAACGCCCUGUGGGGGAAAAAAAAAUCCAAAAAAAAAAAAAAAAACCACACCUGGCAUCUGAAUAGGAAUUUGAAAAUUACACCUUUCCCAAAUAUUAAGUUGGGAAAAAAAAAAGUCUUUAUAAAAUUAAAAGGCAGAGUACUCUUGUCAGUUUUGAUAAGCAAGGUAUAGACUUUACAUUUUUGUCCUUGCUCCCAAUGAAAUGGAUAAACAAAAAAAAAAAAACCAGACAAUACCAUCUACUCAUGGAUUGUUGUUGUGUUAGCCAGUCUGAAAGCCCACCUUAAUUUUUAUAUGACUGUCUUUUAGCUCUUCCUUUGCCGGGGCAGGCUGUGCUCUGCUCUGUUCCGCUUCUGACUGUUAGCACCGAUGAUGCAUGCACUGCCCUCUUCCUUCUCUCUUGCUUCCCCAUUGGCCUGAGUUUCCUGUGCAUUUUCCUGCUCCCUCCUUUGUUAGGAUAGGUAUAUCAGCUGUGUAAAUAGAGCAAGAAAACAGUAUUCUGCGUCUGUGGCAUUUAUGUAGGGUUGCAGUUGUGCACUCUGAAAAUGCAGGCUGUUGUAGCGAUGUGAUCUUUACUGAUGCACUCACAAGUACCCAGUGUAUUUUAGCUAUUUUAGUAGUAUUUGUUCAAUAAAUACGCAAGCUGUAAGGUAA